AUUAGUAUAGCCGUGUUUUUCUCUCCGGUGAGGAAAACGAUUCUUUUUGGAAGUUUCUAGGAGGUUCUUUCGUUUCCAAAGUUCUAAAUCGACACGAGAAGUAUCAGAAGUCAUGGCUCUGUCAGGGGAACCCGGGCCGGCAGAUUUAUCCAGCGAAACAAGAGAAAACGAUCGAGGAACGACCGAAGUCAACAUAGCGACGGUCCUGCAAGGCCUUCAGACGACGCUAGCACAACUCGCCAAGAACUCGGAACUACAGACAGAAGCCAUUCAGAAUUGGAAGGAGGACAUUCUUCUCUGCUCUGACGACGAAGAUUCUGAGGAUACUCCUGCGAUAGAUGAUAACACGAGUGAUAAUACGCUAGACAUAGCGGCCACUCUCAACAAUGUGCUCGACUCGAGCGACAACAGCAAGACGACCUCUGUGAAGAGCCCUGAAUCAGGGCCGACUCAGAGCGUUUUGGUAGACAGCCUGACCCAGGCGUUUACCACAUCUAAAGUCACCUCCCCUGCCAUUGAAGGCAAAAUUGCCGAAUUAAUCGAUAAUAUGCUUAUCGGGGGAUUAUCGGCCGAAACGGUCAAGGAAAGAGUGGAGAAACAUCCACCGCCAGAAAACUGCAAAUUUCUGGCAGUAACAAUGGUGAAUGAAGAAAUCUGGGACUUGUUGCCCAGAAAAAGCCGAGCUGUGGAUCUGGCUUUUCAACGGGUUCAAGAACCCUUGUUACAAGGAAUAUCGGCCCUGACCAAAUUGGCGGGCAAAUUGGUAAAAGACAUCAAUGAUGGCAAAACGCCAGACACGCGGCAGAUGCUAGAUCAUGUGAUGGAUAGCGUCGCCAUGCUCGGAAACACAAAUUGGAAGCUCAACAUGAAGCGACGAGAAUUGAUUAAUUGCUCCCAGAGUACUGAUGCAUGGAAGAGGCUAGUCACAAGCCAAGCACCUCUGUCAUUUUGCAUUCAAAUUGUCAAAAACAGUCAACCACAGAUGCCCAGAAUGCCUCUAAAAAGGACGAAGUUUCCUGUCAAGUUUUACAUUCCACCUGGUUACCACGCAUUAAAGACUGAAAAACCUGCCAUUUUUAAGACAGCUACUGGAAGUAUACCCUGGAAAUAUUCUACACUAGAUGCAGCAUCUAUCAGCAAAGUAGAGGGAAUUGCCAUGGUUACCCAGGUGGAGAUCUUAACAAAAGUUGUAGAGGAACCACGGUUCUUAGUAACGACGACCUGUCGUGUGUUAGCCAGAAUUUCAAAUAUCGAGGUGAAGCAACCGACCAUGUCACAAAAUGGCGGAGACCACAAGGUCGCUGACGUCGUUAUCUCUUUGGACGAAAGUCCUCUAUUAGAUAGAGAUGUAUAUUCAUCUGACAUCAAAGCGGUCAAAAAACAAACCCAAAAGGGUACUCAGACUGCUGAAAAGCUUUCUCGAAAGGGCAAAACCGGGAGCAAACAGGCUGAAGCGAAAGCUUUAGAACAAAGUCAGCCACCAGCAAGUAAGGCGGGAAAUCCGUCGAAGCAAAAGACCACCAUUCAUUCAUCCAACAAACUUGCUGACGAUGUUGAUGAUAUUAAACAACAACUAAGAGAUCUCACUGGCUCCCUUGCAUGCAUUACACCGUGA